GCAAAUGAGACCUUUCAUGGAAAAUAUUUCCAUUGUUUAGAUUGAAAUUAUUCUGGGAGGAGGCGAAGAUAAUUUUAAUUUGCGAUUAAUUUAGCUUGGUUUGUUUCCUAUCUUUUCAUUUAGUCAAAUGUGGAAUUAAAUUACUGCCUAUUUUUAAUGCAGAUACCUUCACAGGGCUAACCUUUUCAUAAUAUUGACUGGCUGAGUGGUUGUGAGCUUCGGCUGGCCAGCUAACAUGGCUGACCCAACGAGCGUUGUCCAGGCGCAGAUAUUUCACAAACUGAAACAGCGCUUCACACACGUUCCUGAUGAGCAUAUCCGAGAGGUCAUGCACAAACACCGCUACAACGAGGUGAAGUGCUGCGACCUGCUGGAGAACUACGAGGUGGACACGAGCGUGCUAGCCGCCCCGCUGGCGCACAAGUACCAGCAGCUGUCAUCCACGGCACGGCACGCAGUCGGCGUGCUCGCCUCCAUGGAGCCCAACACGGCCGCCGGCAUGAGCUCCACGGCCCGGCUGCUCAACGACAUGAACCAGCCGCUGGAGGAUGUGCGCGUCGGCGGCCGGCGACUCGACCUGCCCGAGGUCGGGGCGAGGCGACUCGACCUGCCCGAGGUCGGCGCGAGGCGACUCGACCUGCCCGAGGCCGGGGGCAGGCGGCUCGACCUGGGCGAUUUCGGAGCUCGCAGACACGCCAUGCCGGAGCUGAACAGUGGACGGCGGACGGAGUUCCAGGACAUGGGUGGCCAGAUGGGUGGUCGCAGACACGAUCUGCCCGAGGCUGGCGGUCUCAGCUUCCAGCGGACGCCGCUGCGGGGCAGCACUGGCGCGCUGCCGUCGGCGUUCCCGGAGGAGCCGCGGCCUCGGCACAGCUCGUCUCCGGCCUCCCGGCUGUCGCCCGGCAGCGGGAUCCGGCCGCUCUUCAGCCGCGCCUCGUCCGCCAGCCAGGAGGCGCUCAUCACCAGGCAGACUGAGGCCUACAACAAGCUCUACGCCGAGGUGGAGCGAAACCGGCGCCUGCACGCUCAACUCCUAGCCGCCAUCACCGCCCUCCACACCCAGUUGUCACAGCGAGCCGCCCAGGAAGAUGAGAAGGAUCGACUGGCGGAGGAGAAUGAUAAGCUCCAGCGCGAGUGUGAUGCCAUAUCGACCGACAUCGAUAACCUGCGCCGAAUGCCUGGCCGGCUGCAGUCUCCCGUGUCGCCCGGCGCCUCUUCCAACCACCACCACCUCGGCAGCCAGCCGCCCGGUGUUGACGAGGACCCGGCGGAGGGACCGCAGUGGGCGUGCGGCUCGUGCACGUUCCUCAACCACCCGCUCAUCACCGACUGUGAACAGUGUGAGAUGCCGCGAAUUGUGCUAGGCACCUACAGCCAGGACGCAGGGUACGGGCUGCCCCACAUGCAGACAAAUCUGAACGCCACUUAGCUACUCCCGCUAUGCUGGUGCUGAAUCUCCGCUGGUGAAACCGUCCGCAGUAACGCCGUUAUCUCCGUGACGCGGUGACGUGAAACCUCGUGACGUGACGCGGUGAUGUACCUCGUGACGUAACGCACCCAGAGGUGCGUCACGCUGCCGUCCCAUGCGCCUCAAACCAAGGUGGAGCAGGUCGAAGUGUCUUAGAAAUGAAGAGGAUAUAUAGGUGACUUUUCGCUGGCCGUGCAUUGAUGCUGAAAAAAUCGUCUAAAGAAUAUGAAUUUCGGAGUUUAACGACCCUCUGGCAAGUGAAAUUAUCUGUUCCUUUUUGUUUGAGCUCUACUAUCCUGACGAAGCCUAAAAGACGUCUUUCGUUUUGUUUCUUUCACACAAACUCCAUAUAGCUAAACGAGACGGUUACAUUUAACAUCACGGUAUCUCAAUGUCUGAAGGUGACACCUCUCUGGAGUCGACCAGGGGCCCGCCAGUGUCGGCUACUGCGCGGGGCCGCGGAGCGGUCGGUCUCCUUGUUUUGCCGGCGAUAGUGCCGCGUUGUGAUGUCUUUCUGUUGUGAUGGGGUUGGGCGGGUCGCGGUGCGGCAUCCAGUCCGCGCCGGGGACCGUGUCGGGCGGUGCCCGUUGGCGGCCCGGUUCCUGACCGCCUGUUCCCGUCCUGUGCUCGGGUCGCCGCGCAGUACCGUGAUAAAGGCUCGCCCGCUAUCCCCGGCCGCGCCAGGCCGGGCCGUGCUCAUAGGUUAGUUCGUGGAUAACACGAGAUUAUACACGCGUGAGCUUUGGCGUAUUGUCAAUAAUGCGCAGGGAAAUUGUGUACUGCUGGGGUUUUGUGUCGCAUGUUGCCUUAUUGGGUGGAAGUUAGCCUUUUAUGAAAGCAGGCAUCCAUAGCGUUGUGCGUGCUAUAUUUAUUACUUCGACAUAUAACUGCACUAGAUGUGAAAUGUGGGCAAUACCGGACAGCUAUCGUAUAUUGCGGACCUGUCUGAUCCGUGUAUUGUAACGCGGUGUAUGGGCAGACUCGAAGGUCGUGCUCGCGUGACGAAUGUAACCAGCGCUACGCUCCGGGGACAAAGUGGAUGGCUGCUAACCACUCUGUACACUGCAUUAACAGCUGUCGAACCGGCGCACGGCGGCGUGGACGGACGCGGUGCUCUACUCGUGAGGGCGUUGCUCAGUUGCUUCGAUGUACCGCUGUUUUACAUGAAGACGUUAACCAAAGCCUCGUGCGUGCGUUCUGUGAUGAGAAUAAAUGAUGGAAAAUCGG